AUGAAAACUUCAACAUUAAAAAAUAUCACAUUGGGCUAUAUGCAAAAUUCCAAGCUCUUUUUUAGUGGUUAUACAGGGAAACACGUAACUGACAAGGAUUUGGUUAAGAAAAAUAAUGACUGGUACAUUGAGGAAACCAACUUUUGCUUAGGAAAAGUCACGAAACUGCGAUUUUCUGAAAAAGAUGACAUGGCAAGAAGAGUUUUAAAAAUAAUGGACAGUCAAAUAAGCAAAAUGUACACAAGGAUGCGAGAUGGAACGGUCAUCCCGUAUAUGUCUUUUUAUUUAAAUGAUGUUAUUGAUAAACCUGCUCCCAAUCAUCAAUUUAUUGAACAGCCACUGAUCAAAUGGACCUGGGAUGAAGCCUAUGAUGAGGCUUACGAAGAAAAUUAG